AUGGGCGCAUUAGUAGCUUCGGUUCGCACCCUUCUCCCAUCAUCUCCCCGUUCCCCCCUCUUCUCGUCUCCCCCACCCCUCAUUUUUCUUUUGAUCUCCCGUCAUCCCCCCCCCCCUCCAUUCCCUGCCCCGCUCUCCCCUCAUCUCCCCACCGCACCCCUCAUCGCACCCCGUCCUCCAUUCACCUGUCGUCUACUCUCUCCCCCUCCUUUCCCUCCCCCACUCACCCCUCCUUUCCCUUCCCACUCACCCCUCCUUUCCCUUCCUGCUCAGCCCUCCUUUCCCUUCCCACUCACCCCUCCUUUCCCUUCCUGCUCACCCCUCCUUUCCCUUCCCACUCACCCCUCCUUUCCCUUACUGCUCACCCCUCCUUUCCCUUCCCAUUCACCCCCCAUUUUCUCCCACCCACCCCCCAUCCCCCAUCAUCUCCACCCACUCUCACCCCUCAUAUUCCACCCCACCCAGCCCUCAUCCUCCUCGCCCUCUCCCCUCCUUCCACCAACUCACCUCUCAUCUCCCCCACACUUUCCUCUUACUAUUCCCUGCCUUACAGAUUGCGCACAGCCGCACGCACGCAGCCGCGAGCCCGCAACUGCACGCACCCGCGAGCGCGCAACUGCACGCACGUCACCAGCCGCGCGCGCGACUGCUGCGAAAUGCACAGCAGCAGCCGCAUGCACGACUGCAGCGUCACGUGCAGCUUCAGACACACGUGCAACUGCAGCCGCCUGCUGCGCCGCCCCUCCCCAUUUACCCCCCUUCUCACUGCUGCUGGUGCACCAGAGGGGGGGAAGGGGGGGAGGGAGGGGAAGAUUUGUCGGGGGGACAACGCUCGUGGCAGUCGUCGUGGCCCUUUCCCUCCCCCCGGUCUCGUUUUCUUCCCCCCCGUCACCUUUCCUGCCCGCGCCUGCUUCUGCAGUGCGGGGAGAUGGCGGCUUGGAGGUUAAGGCGGUGGCAAGAGGGGAUCUGCAGCACCACACGCCUCGUCCCCCCCCCCUCUCUCCUCUCCGUUUCCAGCCACCCCUGCCCUGA